AUGGGCUUAUCGUUGGAUGACGUCGAGGACAACAAAGCUAAACCUAACGGGGAUAAGGGGAUAAGGUACCCGUUACAACAACGACAGAAUAUCUUCAAAACUCUUUCCCACCAACGUGACGUUUCGCCAACACCACCAAUAAGGCGCAUGAAUUCAUGGGUGGCAAAUACUGAAGGUGUUGAUCCUUUUGAUGUUUAUAAACCUCGUGAGCGUCGCAUGUCACCAGACCUACCGCCACCCCCACCUAAGGGCAUAUUAAGGCCUAGCACCCGACAAUUAAGUCCAGAUAUUUAUAAACGCCGAUAUCUGCCGGAGCCAUCAUCACAUCUCUCAUAUGAGAUGCGUUCACGUUUGGAACGUGCUCCUGAUCCACAUGCAUCUAUGGGCAUCUUCUCAAACCCAAUUAAAUCGUCAUCAUCAUCCUCCGGUUAUCGCAUUGUAGUUAGUAAUUUGCAUAGCAGCGUAACUCAGUCAGAUAUCCAAGAAUUGUUCGAGGAUAUCGGUCCUUUAUAUGAUUCACGUUUGGUGCGUCCCGGCGUUGCAGAAGUAAUAUAUAAAUCUCUUACGGAUGCAGAAAAAGCGGUGGAUACAUACCACAACCGACAGUUAGAUGGUCAACCUAUGAAAUGUCUCCUGGUGAACCCCCGCGCCUCAAACAAGCCCACCGCUCCAGCAAUACCAACAAAACAACCUUUGAAAAUUGACAUAGACACUUUGCGUAAGGUGUUUUUACGGCGCCAAUAUGUUCAAAUGACCAUGGGUGGUGAACCUAUGAAAUGUCUUCUGGUGAACGCCCGCGGCUCAAACAAGCCACCGCUACAGCAAUACCAACAAGUCUAA